CUGCUGCUGCUGCUGCGGCUGCUGCUCGUCGGGUGCUUAUCGAUAAGGAUUCUUCUGCUGUGACUUACGGUGACCUACCUCACUCACCCUUACUGAUGGCUCAAUCGUUUCUGCCACUUGAAUCGAUAGGACUCGCGAUUCAAGCCCUUCACACCCCUCUCUUUCUCUCUUUUCUCUCUCUCACUCUCGCCAACUCACCUCAAAGCGUCGCUCUUACCAUCGGGAGCAGUCAUACCUUUCUGUUUUUGAACCCGUAUUCUCUCAUCCCGUCUCCCAGCGCCGUCUCCGUUGCUACGAUCUCUUCGCGUCGCCCCCCCAGUUCGGCAGUCGCUGUACCGAUCUUCCGCUCCCCUCCGAUACCCCCCGUGCUCGGCAACGCCUUAGCAAGGAAGAAAGACAAAGAGAAGAUAGAAGCAGUAUCUCUUCAAACCGUACCAAGUCACCGAAUAAAUUCUCGGCGACUGCGAAGUACAGCCUUCCCUCGGUUCAAACGCAUCCAUCAUGGGCAUCGGAGUAAUCCCGGCAGGCGCUGAGGACGCCAAGCGCCCGCCUCGGAGACAGCACACCUGGAGCUUUAGCAAGGUACGGACGAACGUGUUUCCUUUCCCUCUGACCGAGUGUGUGUGUGUGUGUGUGUGCCUUAUCAUGACGUUUUCUUUUGAUCGUUGCGAUUUGUACUUUUGCCGGCCAGUCUGCGUUGCCGCAGCAGUGCUUU